UUCCUCUCAAAGUUUCACCCAGCAACGUGACAGUUCCUCUCGGCUCCACUUGAUGCUUCUUUCCAGGGAUUUUAAUUCUUACACGCACGAGAUGAGGGUCCAGUUGUGUGUGUUGGUGACGCUGCUGCUCGGCGCUGCCUCCCCGACUCUCUCCGCCCAAGUCGGUUACGGAGCUGGCGAGGUCGCUGUGGCAGAGGAGUUCUUGCCUGAGGACCCGUGCUCGGCCGAGGGUGGGCUAUGUGUGCGGGAGUCCGCUUGCCCUGCUGGGCUCCUCCACCCGCAGAAGGGCCUGUGUCCUUCCCAGCAGAAUCUGGGCGCUGAAUGCUGCUAUGGCCUUCCGGACACCGUGACAGACUGCCAGGCUCGUGGAGGCGUGUGUCGUUUCUUCCGGGACUGCCGGCAUGUCCCGAUCCAGGACCCCAAGGGAAAGUGCAGUAAGGGGAAAGUAUGCUGUAUCUUAGUCACUUAGCUGUGAAGUAGAGCGAAGAAAACUAAACUCUAGGAUCAUUUUGAGGAAUAUAUGUAUAUUUUCUACCUGCGGCCACUGGGACGUUAUCUUCAACCUGCGGCCAUUGGGACGUUAUCUUCAACCUGCGGCCAGGGGGACGUCAUCUUCUACCUGCGGCUAGGGGAACGUCAUCUUCUACCUGCGGCCUGAGGGACUAUAUCUUCUACCUGCGGCUAGGGGAACGUCAUCUUCUACCUGCGGCCUGAGGGACUAUAUCUUCAACCUGCGGCCAGGGGGACGUCAUCUUCUACCUGCGGCCAGUGGGAACUAUAGCUUCUAGCUGCAUUCUGGGGAGACUUCAUCUUCAACAGGUUCAACCUGGGGUCUCUUCUCCUUGGUGGGUCCUGAGACGCUUCAACGUUUAGCUGUGUCCUGGGAGACUUCAUCUUAUAGCUGCAUCCUGGGGGAGGACUAUUACGAAUUUUAUCCUUAAUUUAGCUUGGCCCCCCCAUCUAUAUAAAUAAAAAUGUAAAUGUUCGUUUGUUCAAAAUCGUUGCUGUGGCUCAACAUCGCAUGGCCGGGUACAUCUAGUAUGAUAAUAAUCAUAAGCAAGAUUAGUUGACAUUAUCAGAAUAUGGUUGUCUAGAGAUAUGUUAUUAUGGAUAACAUCUUGGUGAAACUCUUUAUAUAUAAUAAAAAUAUUAAUACAAAUACAAAA